CUAACUACAUUGAUUUAGAAUCAAGAACAUGCUCAAUUUCACUGAAGUAACAGAAUUUAUCCUUUUGGGAUUGACCAGCCACCGUGAAUGGCAAGUUGUCUUGUUUAUCAUUUUUCUUGUGGUCUACAUUAUCACAAUGGUGGGAAAUAUUGGCAUGAUGGUGCUAAUUAAUAUCAGUUCACAGCUGAACAGUCCCAUGUAUUUUUUCCUCAGUCAUUUAUCAUUUAUCGAUAUAUUGUUUUCUUCAAAUGUUACUCCUAAAAUGUUGGAAAAUCUGUUAUCAGAGACAAAAACUAUUUCUUAUACCGGUUGCUUAGUACAGUGUUUCUUCUUCAUUGCUUUGGUCCAUGUGGAAAUCUUUAUUCUUGCUGUGAUGGCCUUUGAUAGAUACAUGGCAAUUGGAAAUCCUCUGCUCUAUAGCAGCAAGAUGUCAAGGGUUGUCUGUAUCCGACUCAUCUCUUUCCCAUACAUAUAUGGGUUUCUGACUAGUUUGGCAGCAACAUUGUGGACUUACGGCUUGUACUUCUGUGGGAAAAUUGAGAUCAACCACUUCUACUGUGCAGAUCCACCUCUUAUCAAAAUGGCCUGUGCUGGGACUUUUGUUAAAGAAUACACAAUGCUCACACUUGCAGGCUUUAACUUCACAUAUUCCUUGACUGUAGUUAUCAUCUCUUAUCUGUUCAUCCUCAUUGCCAUUCUCAAAAUGCACUCAGCAGAAGGAAGGAAGAAGGCCUUUUCAACCUGUGGGUCUCAUCUCACAGCUGUCGUCAUCUUUUAUGGUACUCUGAUCUUCAUGUACAUCAGGCAUCCCACCGAGGAGUCCGUGGAGCAGGGGAAGAUGGUAGCUGUGUUCUAUACCACUGUGAUCCCCAUGCUGAAUCCCAUGAUCUACAGCCUGAGGAACAAGGAUGUGAAAGAGGCCAUGAGCAAAGUGAUCACUAGAAUGUUUAACCAAAUAAAAUAA